CCGUCCCAACUCAGACUCCACAAUACAGGGGAAAAAAAACCAAAGUUCUCUCUCAUUCGGAACCAUCCACGCACACCAUGAAAGACUGAUCAGGGUGGAAGACUUAAACAGCUGUUUACACGGGUUUUUCAUUUUUCGUGGUAUCUUGUCUGGUAAAGGUUAAUAAUAGACAACGAACAUUGUAUGGUUUUGUACAGCUAGUAGGUAUAUAAAAUAUAAUUGUUUUCAAAGGAGCAACAAGAAAUUCUGUGUUGAUAAUAAUUGCCAAAUGGCAGAAGUUGUUGGGCCACGGUUGUACAGUUGCUGCAAUUGCAGAAACCAAGUUGCCCUUCAUGAUGAUGUCAUUUCAAAAUCUUUUCAGGGAAGAAAUGGUAGAGCAUUUCUGUUCUCACAUGCAAUGAACAUCAUGGUGGGGCCUAAGGAGGAUCGGCAACUCAUGACCGGUCUGCAUACUGUUGCUGAUGUCUAUUGCUGUGACUGCCAAGAGGUGUUGGGAUGGAAGUAUGAACGAGCUUAUGAGGAAACGCAAAAGUACAAGGAAGGGAAAUUCAUACUAGAGAAAUCAAAAAUAAUCAAGGAGAACUGGUAGUUCCCACGAAAUGAUUGGUUCUUUCUCUGGUUCUUGCAAGUGUAAGAAUGCUUUUGCUUUUGAUUGUUCAUCAUGUCCAGUCAGUUUUUGGGAAUUGAAAAUACUCACUUAUUCCUCUGUGCAUUCUUACCGUCUUCCUUGUCUGGAUAUUGUAACGAAGAUAAUUUAUGUUCCUAAUUAUUUGUGAAUAAUUUCUCCAAAUAGGGAGUGUGUUUCAUCAUGAUCAAAUCCAUUUAGGAAAAUUUUAACUUAUUUCUAGCAUGUCCCUUAUGUCAACUCUCAAUGAACUUGCUGCUUGAAU